CUUGAACUUUUUCACUAUUCACGGGAAUCCAGGAAUCGCGCUCACAAUGGGUAUCAACGCGGAAGAUAUCGACGCGCUCAUCAUCUCAGACGAUCCACAACACCCUGCAAACCACAUCUGCAUCUUGUGCGCAAAUUUCUAUACGCUUGGCUGGGUAACAGGCACCGGCGGCGGCACUAGCAUUCGCCAUGAAGACAAGAUAUACAUUGCGCCCAGCGGGGUGCAGAAAGAGCUUAUGAAGCCUACGGAUAUGUUCAUCAUGGACUUUCAUACUAAGGAGUAUAUACGGCGGCCGCAAGUCCACAAACCCUCGGCUUGCACACCCCUCUUCCUCGCAGCCUUCCACCGUGGCGCUGGCUGCUGUAUCCACACACACUCCCAAUGGGCCGUCCUCGUCACCCUCCUCGUCGAACGCGACUUCGGAAAGGAUGCGUGCUUUGAGAUUGAAGAGAUUGAGCAGAUUAAGGGGAUACCGAAGGGCAGGGGGAAGCAAGGAAAUCUUGGGUAUUUCGAGAGGCUGAGGAUACCAAUUAUUGAGAAUACGGCGCAUGAGGAAGAUCUGACAUCAAGCCUUGAGGAGGCAAUGGAGAAAUAUCCGGAUACGUAUGCGGUAUUAGUGCGACGGCAUGGCAUCUAUGUUUGGGGCGACAACGUGCAUAAGGCGAAGACACAGUGCGAGAGCAUUGAUUACAUCCUGCAACUAGCCGUUGAGAUGAAGAAGCUGGGACUGCCGUGGACGAAAUGAGGUGGUAGACGAUGUUCGACUUCAACAACAUCAUAUUCGAGCCUAGGUCGCUGGUAAGCGGCGAAGACAACCAUCAUCGGACGCCCAAUCAGCUCCUCACAAACGUUGCGCCAGAGGUAAGCUGCAUAGAACGGCGCAUGCCGAAUAGAGUUAUUUCUAAGUGACAGCGGUGAGAGCAAGCGAGUUGCUGAUCUACUCAAUCGCAGCCUCAACGCUUCCUCGAAUGAGGACCAGAAGAGUAAUUUAUUCGCACAUUUCGGCUACCUUUUUAAGAACUUCUGCACUCCGCAUCCGCCAUCUCCUUGAUUCUUUGCACAAUGGAAGUCUCUACACUUCGCAAAAAUGUUUGCAAGGGUAUGGCGAGGAGGUUUUGCCCGAUUUGGGAGUGCUGAUGCUCUAUGCUGAUGCUUCCUCCUUGCUAGCUCACCU